AUGGUUCUUGAUACACUUUUCCUGGCGUUGAACCCAUUGGCCAUGAACCCAUGGGCUCUACCACCUGAUAGAGCCCAUGAACCCAAGUAUCUAAAUCAACCAGUAAAACGUUUCCUCAUGGCAUUUUCACAGUAUUGUGCGGAGGUCUGUAAAGUUGCAUAUCUGAAUCCUGAGUCCAAACACACCAAAACAACAACUCGUCUCAUCUGUCGAAUAGGGAGGAUGGAAGAGUUGUUCCAUAUGGUUUCUAGACAACUCAUCCCAAGACAACUCAUUCAAAGAUAUUCCAUGGCCAAACACAGUCUGCUUAAAUGCU